AUGUUGGCCGAGGGAAGGCAAGUCUACUCGCCGCCGCCGUCUAAGCUUCCCCGUCUCUCCGGCACCGAGCCGAACGACGGGGUGGUGACGAUGGCGGCGCCGUCGCCGCUGGUUCUUGGACUGGGUCUCGGCGUGGGCGGCAGCGGCAGCGACAGUAGUGGGAGCGACGCGGAAGCAUCUGCGGUCACCAUGCGGGAGGGCCGGCCGUCGGCGCUGACGUUCAUGCAGCGGCAGGAACUGGAGCACCAGGUGCUCAUCUACCGCUGCUUCGCCGCCGGCUCGCCUGUGCCGGUUCACCUCGUGCUGCCCAUAUGGAAGAGCGUCGCUGCUGCCUCCUCGUUCGGCCCGCAAAGCUUUCCCUCUUUGACGGGCCUGGGAAGCCUGUGCUUCGACUACAGGAGCAGCAUGGAGCCAGAGCCAGGGCGGUGCCGGCGCACGGACGGCAAGAAGUGGCGGUGCUCGCGCGACGUGGUGCCGGGUCACAAGUACUGCGAGCGGCACGUCCACCGCGGCCGCGGCCGUUCAAGAAAGCCUAUGGAAGCCUCUGUACCAGUCGCUCCCACGUCCCUCCCGGUCAGGCCAGCUCUCCACACCGCCGCCAGCGCGCCAUCGCCGCCGCGACUCGGCUUCUCCUCCGACGGCGCCAGCGUCCUCCUUGCCCACACUACCGCGCGAGCUACUUGA